UGUGUUUAUUCCGCUUCUCGCGUGACGCGUACCGAGUCGACUCGUUUAUGUCACCCAAUUCCCGUUCUCGAAUAGAGUGACAACUGUCGAUACGAAUGAACUCCGAUGAACUUUCGGUGUAUUCCCAUAGUCGAUGUAUAUCGACAAAACUCGGAUCGGAAUGACGUUUUCAUGCGAGUGUUGUCGAUACGUCAGAAGCAAUCGAGAAGGUUUGAAAAUCGAGAAAAUGGAAGUGAAGCGAAUCCGUGUGACAAACCAAAAGCAGUUUGCUUUCCUGGUUGAUCGGAUGGAAGCACACCCGUCGGUUGCCAGAGGGCAAAAAUUUUGCGAGGCAGCUGCAAUGGACCGGCAAAAGUACCACGCUCUCUGGACGGAUUUUUCAGGUAGACUUAACAGUCUAGGUCCCCCGACUCGGGAUGUAAAGGGCUGGCAAAAGGUUUGGACAGAUUAUAAAAACACAAUCAAACAAAAGUUAUCGUACAACAAUCGCGAGACUAUAGCUACCGGUGGUGGGCCGAACACAAUGAAGGUGUUAUCACCAACUGAGGAUGCAGUUGUUAAACUGCUGACCCUGGACAAAACGGUAAAUAAUUCCGGUUCUAGAUUUGGUCUGCCUGUGACUGUUACAUCACCACUAAGUCCUGAACCGGGUCCCAGUCAACCGCGUAAUAUUCUGUCGUCACCGGGACCGCCACUUCUCUCCAGUACAAUGGAAGCUUACGCCAACCUGACUGAAGUAGAUGACCCAGUUGACGAGGUAGUAGAAGAUAUUGAGAACAACAAUAACAACAGCAGCUCUCGUACCGCGCAACGCAAACGACGGCAUCCGGAUAGCAAGGAUUUGCGGUAUAACUUGCUGGAACAACAAACGGAAUAUUUAAAAAAGAUCGUCGAGAAUACCGGAGAAUGCGCACGGUACUCCCGAAAAGUCUUUAAACUACGAGAGGAAGAAGCGAAACAACGACGUGAAUAUAUGCUACAAAAAACAAAAGAUAGACAAGCAGAAUUGGAGUUCAAAAUUGAAUUGUUGAAGUACAAAAAGGAAAAACUUGAAAUUUUGAAAUACAAAGAGUGUCAGGAAUAG